GGGAGAUAAAUACUAUAGGUUGUCUCACGGGUAGGGGGGCAGGCAGAUGAUAACGUUUUUGAGAGGGGAGGCAAAUCAAAAAAAGUCUGAAAAAAUAAAUCCUUCCACAGGUGGUCUAUGGCGAUACUGUAUCUGCGUUUUCGAUUCUGUCAUGUAGUGAAUGAGGCCAGCUGCUGCGCCCACAUUGUGCGGCGGCCUCGUGAAACCGCGUUGUUUGCAGUUCAAAGCGUAAAAAUCCUUAUCAGAAAAGACUAGGAAACAUUGUGUGAUAUAUCGCAGUCUGUCAUCAAUUCUCAAUAGGCCAGUUUGGUCUAAGUAUGGUGGUGGGCCCCCAUGCAUUAGACGGUGCCAGAUGUCAGCAGCAGCGGACACCCUGGAGAAUGCCUCCAUCCUGUCGGACAGCGCGGCACAUGAAGGACACCGUCUGUGGAUUGGAAAUAUCGACCCCAAAAUCACAGAAUACCACCUGGUGAAGCUUUUGGAGAAGUUUGGCAAAGUGAAACAGUUUGAUUUCCUGUUCCACAAGUCAGGGCCUCUGGAGGGCCAACCCCGGGGGUACUGUUUUGUCAACUUUCACACAAAAGAGGAGGCCGAGCGUGCCAUCCAGUGUCUCAAUGGGAAGCUGGCUCUCUCCAAGAAGCUCGUGGUGCGUUGGGCCCACGCACAGGUAAAGAGGUUUGAGCCCUUCAGAGGAGAUAAAAACCACCUGCCGGCGAGCCUGGAGCCAUCGUGUAGUGUUCCUGAGGAGGUAGCCACCAACCUGAGCUUGAAUGCAAAGAUCCGGGCCAUCGAGGCCAAGCUUCAGAUGAUGGACGACAACCCAGACGAGGAGUACGCGGGACCCUCGCCAUACCUCUACAACAAGCCUCAAGACACCAAGAAACGGCCCCAACCCUACAACAAACCACACCGCAAAUUCAAGAGAUGACCCUACACACACUCACACACAGAUACACACACACACACACACACACACACACACACACACACACACACACACACACACACAGCUCUUCCCAACCUGCUACUGACAGGCUUACUUCCCCUUCACACACACUGAGACACACACACACACACACACACUGACACAGGACCACUGUAUUCCACAUGCUGAGAUGUUUUCAACUCUGACAGUAGUCUACGUUGCCUGGGAGCUGAGCCGUUUUGAGCUGUUUUACAUCCUGUGAUCUUUAGAAGAGGAGGAGGCUGUGCUGUUUUACAUCCUGUGAUCUUAAGAAGAAGAGGAGGCUGUGCUGUGUAUUCUUGUCCUGCUGCACAUAUGUGUGUUUAGAAAGGAGGUAGCAUACAUGUUUUCUUUUUUAACAUCAAGGAGUUGGUUUGGGGUUUUUAAUGAUAUGAUUUGAAAUGCAUACAUCUCUUGUAGCACUGUUGCUGAGGUUACUGGAGGGUGUUUUUGUAAUGUAUGACUCGUUUUUUAAGCAAUAAUUAUGUUAAGCAUACAUAUAUAAUAUACACAAACAAGUAAAUAUAUACAUAUUUUUCUCCAGAGCUGGUGCAUAGCCCAUCUUCCUUUAAUGUUUGCCUUAUGACCUAAUACUAUUACGUUUGAAUUGUGAUUUGGUAGCUCUACAGGAAUUGCUUUAAUUCGGUUGCUCAAUUUGUUUCUGUGUAUUUGAGGAUAUGGCGGACAUUCAAGUAUUAGCAAAUGCUCUGCACGGUUUCUCCUGACAACUUACUUUAUUUUCAAGGCACACUAUAGUUUGGUUCUCCUAUCCGGUUUUGAAAUCGAAAUACCUUUCAUUAGUCAAAACUCACCUGCUGUAGUUAAGGGCUUAAACACAAUCUAGUCCGUUUGCAGAUUGUUUGAAGGCGUUGCCACUCCUCAGGAUUAGCAACGCGUGCAUACUACGAUUUUGUUUUUGUAUGUUUUUUUUUUUCUCUUCUGAAAAAUUGUCACCUCCACUUUUUAUAAGAUCAUUCAUUGUUCGUUAUGGCAAAUGCCCUUAUAAUAAUAAAAAAAGACUCUGUCAACCUCUUGUUUGUU